UCUCUCUCUCUCUCUCUCUCUCUAUCAGACGCUCAAAACCCUAAAUCCUCUUGGCGCUCCUGCAAAUCCAUGGCGGAAACCCCAAAGAGGAUCCACACGCCUCGGAAGCAGAAGCAAUCGACCUCGAACCUCCACCCCGAGCCCUCGGCCUCGCCGAUCUCCUUCGCGCCCCGUACCCCGCGGUCCGCCGCCGCCACCCCCCUCCGCCGAUCCGCGCGGCUGACGCCCCUCUCCCCGGACGAUGGAGGAGGUCGCGAUGCGGGGACGCCCUCGAAGUCUGCCGGCUCCACCGGCGGACCGGCCCCGGGUUCGGGUAAAAGGACCGGGAACGUGAGGAAUGCUGGGCUGGCAACGCCCUCCAAGGAGGAAACUCGUGAAGAGGCGGAGAAGGCGGUCCGGUUCGAUAGGUCGGGCAGGAAGUCGAGGCAGAGAGUCGAGAAUGAAGGGAAUGGGGUCUCAUUUGCUCCGGUAUCGCCGGGUCAAUCUGAGAUUAAGAAGAGGAGAACGAGCGGGAGUGACUCCAGAAUGGUUGCCAGAGCUAGGACUUCGAGUGCCUCGGACGGCAAGAAGAAGAAGAAGGGUGACGCGGUGCCGAAGAAGAGGGUGUACUAUAAGAAAGUGGUGUAUGAUGGAGGUGAGUUCGAGGUGGGGGACGACGUCUAUGUGAAGAGGAGAGACGACACGAGCUGUGACGAUGAAGACCCUGAGAUCGAGGAGUGUAGGAUUUGUUUCAAAGCAGGGAGGUCUGUCAUGAUUGAGUGCGACAUUUGUUUAGGCGGAUUUCACUUGAAAUGUUUGGCCCCGCCGCUGAAGGAGGUUCCUGAAGGGGAUUGGAAUUGUGGCUUCUGUGAGGCGCGGAAACUGGGCAAGGAAGUUGAGUUGCCAAAGCCGCCCGAGGGGAAGAAAAUGGCGAGAACCGCAAGGGAAAAGCUUCUUUCUAGUGAUUUAUGGGCUGCUCACAUCGAAAGCUUAUGGAAAGAAGUGGAUGGAACUUACUGGUGUCGGGUGAGAUGGUACAUAAUUCCCGAGGAGACUGCUGCUGGGAGGCAGCCUCACAACCUCAGGAGGGAGAUAUAUCGAACGAAUGAUUUUGCAGAUAUCGAGAUGGAAUCCAUUCUCAGGCAGUGCUUUGUCAAGAACCCUAAGGAAUAUGCCAAAGCCAAUGACCAGGGUGAUGAUGUUUAUCUUUGUGAAUAUGAAUAUGACAUCCAUUGGCACAGUUUCAAGCGUCUUGCUGAGUUUGACAAGGAAGAAGAGGAUGGUGUGGAAGAUGAUAGUGAUGAAGAUUGGAUUUCUCGCAAUGAAGCAGACUCUGAAACUGAUGAAGACAUGGAUUAUGAAGCAGAGCGUGUGAAAAACCUGCAAUUGAGAUCUUCAAUGGCUCAUGAAUGUGCUGCCAACUCACGUAGGGGUCAGUUCUUUGGACUGCAAAAGAUAGGGACAAAGAUAAUUCCAGAGCAUGUCAGAUGCCACAAGACAACUGAUCUGGAAAGAGCCAAGGCAAUGCUUUUAUUGGCAACACUUCCUAAAAGCUUACCUUGCCGAAAUAAAGAAGUGGAGGAAAUAACGGCUUUUAUAAAGGGGGCAAUAUGUGAAGACCAAUGUCUCGGGCGUUGCUUAUACAUACAUGGUGUUCCUGGAACCGGCAAGACAAUGACGGUACUUGCAGUAUUGAGAAACAUGAGGUCCGAAGUCGAUGCUGGAAGGAUCAGACCAUAUUGUUUUGUGGAUAUUAAUGGCCUUAAGUUGGCGUCACCGGAGAACAUCUACAAGGUGAUUUAUGAAGCAUUGACUGGACAUAGAGUUAGCUGGAAGAAGGCUCUCCGGCUGCUUAAUGAACGAUUUUCAGAUGGAAAGAAUAAUGGCAGAGAUGAUGACCGACCUUGUAUCCUACUCAUUGAUGAACUUGACCUUCUUUUAACCAGAAAUCAAUCGGUUCUCUACAACAUUCUUGAUUGGCCUACAAAGGCACAUUCCAAGUUGAUUGUAAUAGGCAUAGCAAAUACAAUGGAUCUGCCAGAGAAGUUGCUCCCGCGUAUCUCUAGUCGCAUGGGUAUUCAGAGACUUUGCUUUGGUCCUUACAAUUAUCAGCAGCUUCAGGAAAUCAUUUUAACGCGACUCAGAGGAAUUGAUGCAUUCGAAAAGCAAGCCAUAGAAUUUGCUUCUCGAAAGGUAGCAGCCAUUUCAGGGGAUGCACGGCGUGCACUAGAGAUAUGCAGACGUGCAGCAGAAAUUGCUGAUUUCCGUAUAAAGAAAGCUUUCAAAACUGCUCCUGCAGCAGGGAAAGCUCUUGUUGGGAUGUCAGAGGUUGAAGCAGCCAUCAAGGAAAUGUUUCAGGCACCUCACAUCCAGGUCAUAAAAAGUUCCUCCAAACUUGGAAAGAUCUUCCUGACAGCCAUGGUACAUGAGCUAUACAAAACAGGCCUGGGAGAAACCACUUUUGAGAAGUUGGCAAUGACCGUCUCAUGUCUCUGUGCAAGCAAUGGAGAAGCUUUUCCUGGAUGGGACACACUCUUAAGAGUGGGCUGUAUGUUGGGUGAAUGCCGUAUCAUCUUAUGUGAACCUGGUUCUAAGCACAGGCUACAGAAGUUGCAGCUCAAUUUUCCAAGCGAUGAUGUGACAUUUGCACUCAAAGACAGUGGCGAGCUACCUUGGUUAGCGAAGUAUCUGUGAUUCAAGAAAAUUUUGGAUUUUAAUUCUUCUCCUGUAUUUUUUCUUAUUUAGAUAACAUUUUUCAUCAUCAUCGUGAGAGAUACAUUUUGAAGUCUUGAUUAAUUAACAUUUUGAGGGACCAAAAUCAAUUUGGUGGGAUGAUCAGGAUUUGAUGUUCUUGUUCUUGUUGUUUGAGGACAAACACAUGCUAUCGGUUCUUGUCAGAUUUAGUUGAACUUUGGAAAGAGUUGCUCUUGAACUUCCUCUGA